GUUCGUACAUUAUAUUGCUAGAAUAAGCCCUACUCGAUUAUAUAAAGCACGAUGUCCAGAAGUUCCAACAGACUGCUGUUACAAUGAGCAAUAGAGCAGCUUUCGUGGUUGCGGUUCUCCUAAGGUCUAUCUAUGGAGGCAUGCAGAUAGUUACCAAAGAUGCUUUUAAUGAAGGCAUGAGCACGUCCGUCUUUGUUUUCUAUAGGCAUGCAACUGCUAUUCUGUUCUUGGUGCCUGUUGCUUUUGUGCUUGAAAGGAAAACUGCUCCGCCACUGUCGUUCAAAGUCUCUCUGAAAUUAUUUGCACAUUCACUAUACGGGAUUUCUGGAGCAAUAAACAUAUAUAGCCUUGGUCUCAGUUAUGCUUCAGCAACAUCGUCAUCAGCGAUAUUUAAUCUCCUGCCAGUGGUGGCUUUCUUCCUGUCUGUUCUUUUGGGGAUGGAAUCUUUGAACUUGAAGAGAUUCCACGGAAUUGCAAAGGUAUCUGGCGUUGUGUUCUGCGUUGCUGGCGUCAUUGUACUUGCAUUUUACCAAGGACUUGAAUUGAAAUCAUUCAACCACCACCGUCUUUUUCAUCAUAUAUAUAACUCCCACGCUGGGGUUACUUCUCAUCCUACAUGGACAUGGAUAUUAGGAAUUUUUUUAACGACUUUAUCAACUGCAUCUUGGGCUCUUUGGACAGUUCUUCAGGGGCCUAUGUUGCAGGCAUAUCCCUCUAAGUUGCUCAACACAACUGUCCAGAUGAUCUUUGCAACAAUCCAGUGUUUCUUCAUUGCCCUAGCUGCUGAGAGAGAUUUUUCACGAUGGAAGCUGGGACUGGACGUAGGUCUUAUUGCUGUGAUUUAUUCUGGCAUACUUGUUUCGGGAGUUGCAUAUUAUAUGCAAGUAUGGGUGAUUGACAAGAGCGGACCGGUUUUCUUGGCCAUGACAAUGCCGAUAACUCUGCUUGUCACAAUAAUGCUGUCCUCAUUUCUCUUAGGAGAAGCAGUUACCCUGGGAAGCGUGUUAGGUGGAGUAAUCAUGGUUGGUGGUCUGUAUUGUGUUCUUUGGGCGAAGAGAGCUGAGCAAAUAGAUGUCAGCAAGCAACAAAUGGCUGCUCCAAUCCAGGCAACACAAGUUUAGAUCAAGCUAGUAAUUCUCGCUGUACACCAGAAGUCAAACAAUAAUUUUGGGCGGAUUCUCAUCGAUAUGGUUUUUGACAAUAACCUUCGAUAUCAAUUUGGAACCUAUAGUUGUUUAGGAAUGAAAUGACAUUUUUAUUUGUCAACUCAUUGAAGAUAAUUGCAGGUCCAAAUUUAACUGAAACAAAGUCUAUUAUUACUGAACAAAUGGCAUGUACGUCCAGUGAACCUUUCCUGCUAGUCUUUUUAUGUAAAUACAUGUGCAUAUCUAUAUCUCA